AUGACAUCGUCAUUGUUAGUCAAGUUAACUCUACUAGCUGCAAUCAUUGGCAUUGCUUAUUCAGUAGGUCUUUAUGAACAAUGUGCUGGUGAAGGGUAUGGAACAUUUCCUUGUAACGCUGGCCUAACAUGUUUUCGUCGAAAUAACUGGUUUUCAUCAUGUCAAUACGAGUGCCCAAAGAAUCAAGGUUGGCACUGUGAAACAUAUAUUACAUUAGCACCAUCAUUUGCUGCUGGAUGGGCUCAAUGUGGAGGUGAUGUUUGGGGUGGUCCACGAGGAUGUCCAGCUGGCUAUGCUUGUUAUGCACGAAGUGUUUAUUAUUCUCAAUGUCGUCCAAUUGGUGAUUGUCCAUUAGAUUGGGCAUGUGCUGCAUUAGUUCAAACAACACCACGUCCUACUACUGUUCCUGCCCCAGUCACUUUAUCUCCCUAUACACAAUGUAACAAUGUUGCACAUGCAGUUUGCCCACUUGGAACAGCAUGUUUUCGAAACAAUGCUUUAUAUUCCGAAUGUCGUCCAUCUUGUCCAUCAACAUGGGCCUGUGAAACAGAUGUCGCUGGAUUAAAUGAACAAUGUGGAGGUGAAGGUUAUGUUGGUUUAACACGUUGUGCAGAAGGUCUUCGUUGCUAUGCACGUAGCCAAUGGUACUCACAUUGUGCUGCAUAA